ACCACUGCAAAACAAUCUCUCUCUCUCUCUCUCUCUCUCUCUCUCUUUGUGGAGGAGAAGACAAAAGGGGAAGAAAGGCGCUGCCUUUGAGAAUAGAUAAAGGUGGGAGGGAUGGGUUCUCCACCUGUAGGAAUGCUAGCGCUGCCUCCAAGCGCUGCGCUUUCUCCCUCGUUGGGGACAAUCUCCAUAGCCUCUCAAAACCAUGGCUUUCUCAGGGCGUCUUCUAAUUUUAGGAGAUGGGCUGUGGAUAGGAGACAUCUGCAACAUAGGAGUGUCCUUUCUUCCGGGCAGAAGUGGCUUUGUGGAUUUAUCAGAAGACACAGGGACAAACAUAUCUGCUUGAAUGAAGUUGGUGAUGGGUCAUCAAUGUUCGGUUCAGAUGAGGAGGGUGGUAGCCAAGUGCCUACACAAGCUCAGUCCAUUGUUGAAGGUUCGGGAACAGUGCUAGUAUCAGAAUAUAAGCCGAUUCCUGAUCUUGAUUAUCUUCAGGAAUUACUGGCUAUUCAGCAGCAGGGACCAAGAGCUAUUGGCUUCUUUGGGACGCGGAAUAUGGGCUUCAUGCAUCAGCAGCUUAUUGAGAUUCUAAGUUAUGCUAUGGUCAUAACGAAGAACCACAUUUACACUUCCGGCGCAUCAGGCACGAAUGCAGCAGUUAUUAGAGGUGCCCUACGAGCGGAGAAGCCAGAACUGCUUACUGUUAUUUUGCCUCAGAGCCUGAAGAUGCAACCACCUGAAAGCCAGGAAUUAUUAUCUAAAGUUCAAAAUGUUAUUGAGAAGCCCCAAAAUGAUCAUCUACCCCUUAUUGAGGCUAGCAGAUUGUGUAACAUGGAUAUACUCAGCCAUGUACAGCAAGUGAUAUGCUUUGCAUUCCACGACAGCAGAUUGCUCAUGGAAACUUGUCAAGAAGCAAAGAACCUUAGAAAGAUCGUAACCCUCUUUUAUCUAGACUGAUCUUUGCACCGGUUGAAAGCGGUUUUACAGAUUCUCUUGCAGAUUCUCUUGCAAGCAGGCGGCUUCAGCUCCUGUCUCUAGAAUAUUUAAAAUUUAGAUAGUUUAUUUUUUUUCUCAAGGGCAAGAAAAUGUGUAUUUCUGGGAAUUUAAGGAACCAACUUUCAUUGUUUAGACAGUUCAACAGAAUAAUAGAUCUAUUCAUGUUGUCAUUGUCA